UAAUUUUGAUUAUAAAAAUAGUGUUCAUUUUCUUGAUUUCAUCUCCGUUAAUAUAUCAUUUUCUAUUCACAUAACUCACAAAUUCCCGCCAAAUCGAUCUAACGCCGACUCCGAUCAAUCCACUGAAUUAACAGAAUGGAAAAUUUGAUAUCGUUAGUGAACAAGUUACAGAGAGCGUGCACGGCUCUCGGCGAUCACGGCGACGAAAGCGCGUUGCCUACACUUUGGGACUCUUUACCCGCCAUUGCCGUCGUCGGCGGCCAGAGUUCAGGGAAGUCUUCAGUUCUGGAAAGCAUUGUUGGAAAGGAUUUCUUACCUCGUGGAGCUGGGAUUGUUACGCGGCGUCCUCUUGUCCUCCAGCUUCACAGGCUCGAUGAAGGAAGAGAAUAUGCCGAGUUUAUGCACCUCCCACGAAAGAAGUUCUCUGAUUUUGCUGCUGUGAGGAAGGAGAUCUCUGAUGAGACUGAUCGAGAGACUGGCCGCAGCAAACAAAUUUCUACCGUUCCGAUACAUCUUAGCAUAUAUUCCCCCAAUGUUGUUAAUUUGACAUUGAUCGAUCUCCCUGGUCUUACUAAAGUAGCUGUUGAGGGUCAACAUGAAAGUAUCGUGAUGGACAUUGAGAACAUGGUUCGGUCAUUUAUUGAGAAGCCCAACUGUAUAAUUCUGGCUAUUUCUCCUGCGAAUCAAGAUCUUGCCACAUCAGAUGCCAUUAAGAUAUCUCGGGAAGUUGACCCCAAAGGGGAGAGGACAUUUGGAGUUCUGACAAAGAUUGAUCUUAUGGACAAGGGUACUGAUGCAGUUGAUAUGUUGGAAGGAAAAUCAUAUAAACUACAGUUUCCUUGGAUUGGUGUCGUCAAUCGCUCUCAAGCUGACAUCAAUAAAAGUGUGGACAUGAUUGCUGCUCGACGUAGAGAACGAGAAUAUUUUCAAAAUAGUAACGAGUACCGACAUCUUGCUCAGAGGAUGGGCUCUGAGCAUUUAGGAAAGAUGCUUUCUAAGCACUUGGAACAAGUCAUCAAGUCUCGAAUUCCUGGCCUUCAGUCGCUUAUUAACAAAACUAUUGCUGAAUUAGAAGGGGAAUUGAGCCGUCUAGGGAAGACUGUUGCCACUGAUGCUGGGGGGAAGUUAUACAUGAUAAUGGAAAUCUGCCGUUCUUUUGAUCAAAUAUUUAAAGAACAUCUUGAUGGAAUACGUCCUGGUGGUGAUAAGAUCUACCUUGUAUUCGAUAAUCAGUUACCUGCUGCUUUGAAGAGGCUGCAGUUUGAUAAACAGCUUGCCAUGGACAAUGUCCGUAAGUUGAUAACUGAAGCUGAUGGGUAUCAGCCACAUCUAAUAGCUCCUGAACAAGGUUAUCGCCGUCUUAUUGAAUCUACCCUGGUGACUAUCAGAGGUCCUGCUGAGGCAGCUGUAGAUGCGGUCCAUGCUUUACUCAAGGAGCUGGUUCAGAAGUCUAUCAACGAGACCAUGGAACUAAAGCAAUACCCAAGUUUGAGAGUGGAAAUCAACAAUGCUGCUAUAGAAUCGUUGGAGAGAAUGAGGGAUGAAAGCAGGAAAGCAAGUUUACAGCUAGUUGAUAUGGAAUGCUGUUACUUGACUGUUGAAUUUUUCCGGAAGCUUCCUCAAGAUAUCGAGAAGGGAGGAAAUCCAACGCACUCAAUCUUCGACAGAUAUAACGAUUCAUAUCUUAGGCGAAUUGGAAGCAAUGUGUUGUCCUAUGUGAAUAUGGUUUGUGGGAGUUUAAGGAACUCUAUUCCCAAAUCUGUUGUCUAUUGUCAAGUGCGCGAAGCCAAACGCAGUUUACUUGACUAUUUUUUCGCAGAGUUGGGUAAGAAGGAGACAAAACAGUUGUCUGGUUUGUUGGACGAGGAUCCGGCAGUGAUGCAGCGACGUAUUUCGAUCGGAAAGAGACUGGAGUUGUACAGAAGUGCCCAGGCAGAGAUAGAUGCAGUUGCAUGGGCUAAGUAGAACAUUCUUUAAUGGCUUAUCCGCUUAAAAACCCCUCACCUUUUACCCCCAAUUCGUUUGUACCCUCACGUUGCAAAACCACCAAAUAUACCCAAAUUACGACCUUUCACUUUCAAUUGCACCCUCAAGCAUUAAAUUGAUCUCUUUUGACUUGAAAAAAUAGGUUUAUUUUUGUUUUAAAUAAAAUAUUAAGUCCUAUUU